UGAUUUUGUGACGUUAUCAUUGUACUAUUACUAUAUAUCAAUAAGCCAUCCAUCAAACACUUUUAUUCCUUUUCUUCUUCUUCAUCAUCUUCAUCAUCUUAUCUUCUCCUUUUCUUCAUGUUCUUCAAGAAUUAGAAUUGAUGGCAGUUAACAGUUAUUCUUCAGCUCAAAUCUCACUUCAGAAAUAUGGUUCAUUUCUGAAAUAUGCCAACAAAGAUUUGAAGUCAAAACACUGCUCUGUCCCACAGAAAAAAGCACCAGUUGGUCCAGUAGCAUUUAGAAUCACAGCAUCCAUCAAGAACAAGAUUUAUGAGGACAAAUCUCAGGGCAUAAUUUGCUAUGAAGAUGAGAGUGGAGAAAUAAUUUGUGAAGGUUAUGAUGAAGGGCCUCGUUAUCAACGAAUUCCAAGGCCAACCCAUCAUCCAAGGGAUGUUGAAAUCAUGAAUCUUGUGCAACAACAAAGUUGGCUUCAGAUUGUUAAAGGGGAAGAAAUCAAUCAUUUAGCAAAAGGAGUUCUUCGUCAACAAGAGGAUUUAAACUUCAACAGAUGGCUUUAACUUGUUCAAAACUGUUACUACCACACCAAAUAGUUUCUAAGCGAUGUGAAACUAUUGAGUCUGUGGUAGAAAAAAAAACCAAUAAGGCUUUUGUCACACUCAAAGGCCUUAACAGUUACACGCAGUGCUAAUUUGUAGCAGAAAGGAAUAAUAGCACAAAUAUAUGCUGUAAUUGGUGAAUGAAAUAGGACAAGUUCUUGCACAAAUUUCAUGAAAGUUGUACAAAUUGACAGUGGUGAAUGGUGAUGCUUUUCUUUUUCAAUCUGUUCAUACAGUUUCAUAUCAGAUUUUUAUAUUAUCUGAUAGAUGAAAGGGAGUUGAUAAUGAUUCACAGAGUA